CGUCUGUCUGUCAGUAUCAAGUGAGUGAGUACGAUAUACCAUAUCUCGUAUUCAUAUCACAUAUCUGUAUCAUUAUCUCAAUCCCAGCCCCGUGUCCACCACCCUCCGUCAGGAUCACUUCUCAACACCAACAUCAUCAAGCUGGUCAUGUCCGACCCCGAGCCGUCUCUUACCGCCCGCCUGUCCGGCAUGAAUCCAUUCUCAAAAGCCAGGUGCAGCAAGGUCGACGACGACACCACGGGCGAGCAGCUCGACCCUCAUGCCAUCGCCGGCGGCGGCCAUGCUGCCAGGGAGACUCUCAUCACCAAGAACCAGCUACGCGUCAGCCCGGCCCUGCGCUCGUUUCUGGUCAACAAAGGGGUCUUGUCGGCCAGCGACGCCGGACUGGACGACGGCAAUGACGAAAUAACCCCAGCGCUCCGUGCCCUGCUGGAUAAGCCGCAUGUCAAGGUCCCCCCGGAACUGAUAGAUCGCUCCCAUCGCCUGCCGGAGUACUUCAUCAGCUCCAGCCACAACACAUAUCUGAUCGCCCACCAGCUGUACGGAUCAUCAUCCGCCGCAGCAUACGAGGUCGCGCUCAACACUGGCUCGCGUUGCGUCGAGAUCGACGCCUGGGACAACGACGACAACAAAGACGAGCCCAAAGUCACGCACGGCUACACCCUCGUCUCCCAUGUGUCCUUCCGCGCCGUCUGCGAGACGAUCCGUGACGUCGUCGACAAAGAAGCAAAGGAGAGCGCAAACGCCCAGGGCCACUCCGCCGCCCCAAUCUUCCUGAGUCUCGAGAACCACUGCGGUCCGCAUGGCCAGCUCCGCCUCGUGCAGAUCAUGCAAGACGUUUGGGGCGACCGCCUCCUGAGCAAACACGUCCGCGAGAAAGGCCACGAGGAGCAAGGCGGCGGCGAACACGUAACUCUCGCCGAGCUAGGCUCCAAGAUCUGCGUAAUCGUAGAGCACCACAUCCCCAACGAAGCCGCCGACUCGGACACCUCCUCCUCCUCCUCCUCCUCCUCCGAAGACGAAGCCGACAAAGCCGCCCGCCACCAGUACGCAAAAGCCAAGCAAGACGCCCCCGUCUCCCUCAUCAUCCCCGAGCUCGCCGCAAUAGGCGUCUACGCCCAGUCCGUCAAGCCCGCAGACAACUCCUGGUUCGAGCAAUCCCUCACCAACGCGCCCCACCACCACCUCAUCAACGUCUCCGAAUCCGCCCUCGCCGCCCACCUGCCCGCCCACGCCGCCGCCAUCGCCUCCCACAACGCCCACCACCUCAUGCGCGUCUACCCAAAGGGCUCCCGCAUCUCCUCCCGCAACCUCUCCCCCGUGCCCUUCUGGGCCGUCGGCGCCCAGAUCUGCGCCCUGAACUGGCAGUCCUUUGACGCGGCUAUGCAGCUUAACGGGGCCCUCUUUGCCGGCACUGACGGAUUCGUCCUCAAACCUGCUGCCCUGCGCGCCGGCGGACACGCUGUCUUGGCGUCUGCCGAUGCCGAUGCUUCUCCCCGCAUCAAGACCCUCCGUCUCCACGUCGCCGGCGCAUCAGACGUCCCCGUCCCCUCCGACCGCGACCCAGACGACCCCAUCAAACCCUACCUCACCGCCACCCUGCACAUCCCCCCAACCACCACCAACCCCAACUCACCCCCACAAAAACGCAAAACAUCCCCCUACAAACACCACAACCUCCCCCUCCUGCACCACCACAGCCACGGCCAUGGCGCCCGCACCAACCCGCCCGCCACCGACCCCCUCUGGAACGAAGUCCUAGAGUGGCAAUACCCAGCCGAGAGCGAGGAAAUGGCGUUUGUGCGGCUGUUGGUCAAGUCGGAUGAUCGGUUCAAGGGGAAUGCGAAGUUGUGUGUUGCUGCGGUUAGGGUGGCGUAUGUUGGGGGCCAGGGGUGGGUGGUUGUGCGGAUGGUGGGUUUGGGGGGCGGGGACAGUGGGUGUGGGGUUUUGGUUAGGUGGGAGGUGGUUGGGUGA